GUGAAGGAAAUCUGUGCUUCAAGUUUCUACCAUGGGGUGGAAUCCUGCUCGGUCUGACUUUCUGAUGUUAAGUCUGCUGUUUUCUUUUUGACAACGCUCAGGAACACACACAGGAAGAACUGCUUGGAGUUUGCUUUGCCAAGUUUCCACACAAAAGCUUUCAGCAAAGCAAGGAGGAACCACGCAGCAGGAAUCUCUGUUCCAUUCAUGGAUGCAAGCAAGAAAGUGGAUUUGAAAAUCAUUAUCAUUGGAGCUCUAGGUGUAGGCAAAACCUCUCUUCUCCUUCAGUAUGUCCACAAAACAUUUCAUGAAGACUAUCAAACUACCCUGGGAGCCAGUAUCUUGUCUAAGAUGGUAGUGGUGGACAACACCCUCCUGAAGCUGCAGAUCUGGGACACUGGUGGACAGGAACGAUUCCGUUCCAUGGUAUCAUCAUUUUAUAAAGGCUCAGAUGGCUGCAUCCUGGCCUUUGAUGUCACAGACAGAGAUUCCUUUGAGUCUUUGAGUUAUUGGAGGAAAGAAUUCCUGCAGACGGUCAUUCCUACAGAGCAAAGCUUCCCCAUGGUGGUUCUGGGAAAUAAAAUUGAUUUGAAGGAACGACAGGUAUCCGAGGAAGUAGCUUCAUUAUGGUGCUUGAAGAAGAACAUUGACUAUUUUGAAGUUAGCGCCAAAGAUGAUAUCAACAUAGUGCAAGCCUUUGAGACAUUGUCAAGGCAAGCACUCUCAAGGUACCAAGGGAACAUUGAAAGAUAUUUCACAGAUUCUAUUAAGCUUACUCCUGAAGACAAAGCCAGAAAGAAAUGCUGCUGAGAUGAUGUUUGGAAUGAAGGGAUAUUUUCACUCAGGGAACAGCUGCAGAUGUUGUACAUCUCUAUGCCUAUCGAGGAUGGAAGGACACUUACAGCAACCACACUAAGCAGAACCUGGAAAACUACAGGUGAUGACUGAAACACACAGAUGGGAACCAACCUAAAGUACCUGGAUUGCACUGACCAAGCCAAAUCACUCUGUGGCUCUCAUCCUUCCUGCUCCAGUUGCCUUCCAGGGGUCUCUACACAUUACACCCCACCCCAUCUCAACUUAUGUUUCAUAUGUGACCAGAUGUUUAUUUUUAAUGGAAAGUGUGAGGAGGAAUCAGCUCCCAUGCAUGCACAGGAGAAGCAUCAUUCCUUCCUUUAACUAGCUGAGAAGACCAUGGGGAAAGGGCUAUUUGUCUUACAACUGGUUCUAUGUAUCUACUAGGGAUCCCAGACCCCCCGGUGGGGGCAGGGGAUCUCCCACCCAUGCUCCCCACACCCCGCUCCCACUUACCUGAGCAGCAGGAGGGGCACACACCUUCCUUGUGUGCUCCCCUGCAGCACAGCGCACUCCUGUGCGCCACAGUCACCGGGAUUGGGCCUGUUUUGGCCCGGAUCGGGGCCCCUGCAGAGCCCAGGAGUGCACUCCACGGCAAACUGGGCCCGUUUUCAGCAGCUGUGAAGUGCAGGAGCGCUGCGCUUUGCAGCGUCCCAAAAUGGGCCCAUUUCAAUGCGGAUCGGGCCCGUUUUUGAGGCGCUGUGGAGCACAGGAACGCUCCUGCGCUCCACAGCACCCCAAAUGGGCCCAUUCUGCCAUGGAUAGGUCCCAUUUUGAGGCACUGUGGAGCGCAGAAACGCUCCUGUGCUCCGCAGCACCUCAAAAACGGGCCCGAUCCAUGGCAGAAUGGCCCAUUUUGGGUGCGUUCUGCAGCGCCCAGCCGCACAAUGAUGUCACCCCCAAAGUGACAUCAAUGCAUCUGUGGGGAUGUGCAUGUGCACCCCCCUCCCCAAUAAGUGCCAGGCCCCUGUCCCCUGCCAGGAGAUUGAGGGGGCCUGGCAACCCUAGUAUCUACCCUGGAUCUUUCCUUAUAGUCUAAACACUCCCUCAACUUUGUGUAUAAAGAGGUCCUCAGGUGUCAUUUUGAAACUCAGUCCCUUCUUUCAGAGUGCCUCCAUGAAACAACCUGGUUAUUUUCCAAACUGAAGACUCUCUGAUCUCUGGUUUAUGCUUUUUCCCACCUCUUGCUACCUGUUAACAAUGCCUGGAAACUCUUGUCAAUUUCCACUCAGCCUUUGAGUGGUUAAAUUUCCUACACAGUGCCUAAGGACACAUGGUGUGACUAGAAUGCUCAUUGGCCUCCUUUAAAAUAAUCUGAUCUGAUUUUGCAAUUCUGACAUGAAUUGUUUAAUUUUGUUCACCAUACACAAACUUGUUUGCAAUACCACUGAGAACCUGAAGCUGAUAGUAUAGAUGCAGGUCUUUUAAAAGUUUUAUUAUUACUAGAGGCGGGCACAAACCAAACCAAUAUUUGUUGGUUCGUGGUUGGCGAACCAGCAAUUCAUGGGAGCUCAUUUCUCACAAACCAUGAUGAAUUUUAGCCCAAUUCGUUUGGUUCGUAUUCUGGUUUGUCGCUGCAGACAGCCUGGUGCCAAAUACACAGUUUCCUAGGCAACAGGGGGGAUGGGCUCUCUCCAGAUCUUCUGCUGACCUGGAAGUUGGGGCAAGUUAAUGAAAGUUCGUGGUUCAUGAAAAGCGACGAACCACAAACUGCACGGUUCAGAAUUUUCCCAGUCUGUGCCCAUCUCUAAUUAUUACUAUUCAAAGAAUAAAGAGUUGCCUAAUUCCCAGUGUCUGGGUCUAGUUCCAGUGUCUGAUUUCUUGUUUCCCUUCUCAAAAAUUCAAGAACAGUUUGCAAAAUCACCUGUCGAAGUUUGCAGUUCAUCCUGGGAACCUUAGUCCCACCUUAUCAUGCACACUGAAGAGAACAGCAUUUUUGGUAUCCAUGACACUGGUGCAUCACAUUUCUACCACUAUUAGCAGAAAUAGUGAAGAAUACCUUCUGAGGUGCAUGCUUGUUUGUGCAGUGGUAGGUGGCACACUUAAAAUCACAAACUUGUCCUGUAACAGGAACAAAUGAAACCAUCCUCAGUUUCUUCAUCUGUAAAAUAGGGGCAACUUCCACAUUUCAGUGGUAUUAUGUAAAGUACAAAGGCAGUAAGAAAUAUUAUAGGAGAAUUUUUUUGAGAAAAUUAUUUUAAAUCCAAGGUCACUUCCACAUAUGAGUUUUGCUAUUUAGCAUCCUAAAUUACCGUAUUCUCUAAUUAUUUACUUACAUGGUUUUCCCUGCUUUUCUCUGUUCUUUCUGAAACCUGCUUUGGCAUGAUCUUUCUGGCAAGAUCAUAGUCAAAGCAGAUUUACCUACCAUGUGGAUGGGAAGAUAUGGAUUUUUGAAUCUCCCUGUCCACAAUAAUGCCACUUUCACCCACCAUUAUCCCCUCCCUGUGCCACCAGCAGCAAACUUUUUGCUGUCUUAAAAAAACGGCAAUAGCUAUAUCACUAUAGUGCUGUUAAGAUAUAGUGACAUGCCCAUUCUUGAUGGGAAUAGUGAGUAUGAGAGGAAAUAGAGGGGAAAGUAUGGAAAAUACCUCCGUGUGAAUGCUCCAUCACUGCUGUGAAGGCCUCUGCAUCCUCAGUGGCAAGGAGUGCGGGAAGGCCACCCCCCCACACACACACUUUUAUCAUUUUGCAGAGUAUGCAAAACAGAAAUGUUCAGGAGGGCACUCUUAUAACAGAAUUACUACUGUGGUAUAUUGGAACAGCUUUAUAAGAAAAGAGAAAUGUAGGCUGUCAUGUUCACUGUAUGUAUCACCUUGCUUUUACUGCAUUGUAACUCACAUUCUGCAUUAUAGUAUGCCAUGCCUUGAACAGGUUUUGUUUAUUGUACUCUUGUCCCAUUCUGUAAUUCCAAUUCUGCUGUAUUUUUACUGCAUGUCUUAUGCUGUCUGAUUGCAUUAUUUUUAUAUUUUGCAUUGAGUCACAGUAAGAAAGUUGGGCUAUAAGAGAAGUUAAUUCAUUGAGUUAAUUCAUUGAGUUAAUUCAUUGUAGAGCCCUAGUGAGUUUUCCCAGGAAAAUGCUCAGGAAGAUGGCUUGGCAUGGGGAAUUGGCAACUGCAGGAGAAGAAAAUUACACAGGGCAAUUUAGUGCUU